GGCCCCGCAGUCUCGCUAGAUCGUUCGACACAAAACUACGCUGCGUAACCGUGGAUAAUUAACAAUGGAUUCAAACACAAGCUCAACCGAAUUGACUCCGAAAACCGAGGUCGACCCCGACGAUACAUCGAAGCGAGUACAGUGGACUUCCGAGAACACCGUGAAACUGAUAGAGGUGUUCGAGAAAGAGUGUAAAGAGCUAUGGGAUCCGAAGCAUCACUUGAACAAGGAUCGGGCGGCUCGGCAAGCGAGACUGGAACACCUUGCUGGCGUGUUCGCUACUAAUUCAGAGGAAAUAAGCCGGAAACUGCACAAUUUGCGGACGCAGUUUAAUAACGAGCUAAGAAAGAUUAAGAGGAGGGCAGCCGCAGGGGAUUCGAGUGCUGCAGGGACCAGCGGGUGGGAGUACUUCGAGUCGCUACUGUUCCUGUUGAGAGAACCCCUUGUUAAUACAACUGAAGGGAUGGACGCGGUUAAUUUGGCGCUGGCGGAGUUUCAAGCAGAUGAGGAAAUAGAAUUGGAGGCUGCCGCGGAAGCUCGCAGUCGCUAUCCCGCACAGCCCAGUGUGACUCUGCGAAAGCCAACGAUGAGGGUGGCCGCAUCUGCCCCCAAUCCGUUACCAGCCAGUGCCAACCCGAUGCUGUGGCCCGAUGAACCGAGGCUAUAUCCCAACAACAACCCCGAUGAAUGCCAGAUAUUUGGCGACUUCGUCGCUUCGGAGCUGCGCACUCUCCGCAACCUGGAGAACAGAAACAGGUUGAAGAGGAUCAUCCAAAAAGCCAUCCUUCAGGUUGCAGAAGAGGAAGAUUCCCACGUCCUAGUGCUACGCCGCAGCCGAUUGGGGUCUAUGCCUUCUGGCUCAUUCAAUUAGGAGCACCCAUCCUAAACUUGAUAUUAUAUGAAUAUUUCAUCUGCUUUUGGCCACUUUUGUUUCUUUCGCACGGUCGUCCCAACAUCUACUGUACAUAGACCUCUUUAGAGAUUUUGAAAUUCCCUACGACUAGCAUUUCUACAAGUGGAGGAUCGCAACGCUACAUUUCCAAUGCGAGGUCAACGUUACAGCACCUUGAUGGAACAACUGGGAGCGGCCCAGAAUCGUUGAUCUUAGACCGCCCUACAAAAUACCUAUUUCCAGCACCGGACGUCAAUCGGGUGAAGUGGUGAUGACAAGACCACGUCGUGUAUCAAACUUACAAGAUCAUCAUCUCCCCCUUGACUAUUUUGUUGAGGUUUUGGAAGUAUGUACCAUAAGGGUUGUAACAGCAUCACCGGGGUUUUAUUUUACUCCUUGUUCCACGUUUGUUGAGAAAACGGCACUAGCAAUAGAAAAAAGGUAUUUAAUAAAUUAAAUGUUUUAUUAUAACGCAUUAUCUAGUUAUUUUAUUGUCGGACCACGAAGUUUUAAUGAACGUUAAAAUUUGAGCUAACUUCAGGGUGUCGGUUUUUUGUGAUGGUUUGCGCGCGCAUAGUAAAUAGUGAGCUUGCGGACGCUGCAUUCCCCUCUCACUCGGUUUCGCAACUACAUUCAUCCUGUUAAAUCGUGUAACCAUGUGCGCGCGCAUUUCGUUACAUCGCUAACGAAGUACAACCUCGAAAAUAUAGAAAUACCUAAGUACGUGAGUUCAUUUCUGAGGCUUUUGAUAUUAUCUUAUGGAGCUUUGCACAGCGAUUCAUGACUAUCGUUUUUAAUCUACAGUGUGUAAAUAUUCAUGUUUUUAAAAUGUGGCAGCGGCGAUAUGUCAAUGUAUCUGUCCACUCACGACGUUCGAUCCUCGAUACAAAAUGACUGGUUUUAUGAAACCUGUCAUUUUUAACGCUGGUGUAAUCGCGGGUUUACUUGAAAGUUUAUAACAAGUUUUAUAACCGAAUGGCGUAUGGGAAUUGAUUAUACCCUGUCCGAUCCGAAUCCUAGAAAAUACGCGCACAGCUCACAAAUCUGAACUGGAUUGGAUUGUUCUAAAAUACUUAUUCUAUAAUAGGUUUGGUUAUUUGGUUUAAUACUAAUGCUAUAAGAGGUAUCAGUGCUUACAUUUGUGUGAGUGAUAGCUUCUUUUUGAGCCCAGUUUUCACCAUCAACGUAGGUACCUAUACCUAGUAUCGACAAGGCUGGAAGGCGGAAGAAUUCUUGUACAGUGCUGUAUGUAAUUUAAUAAUAUCCUAGGAAAUUAUUACUUUAACUCAUAAUAAUGUAAUGUCUUGUGGAUUAACAUAAUAAUCUUAAUAAAUGUAGUUUUUUAUCGA